AUGAUGAAAAGAAAAGGCACCGAAUCGUCAGAGCCACCCUCAAAGAGGCAACCCCGCCAAGAUGCAGUAUCAUGCGACUCCUGCCGAAAAAAGAAGCUGAAAUGCGACCGGACCCUUCCAUGCAGUAGUUGUACUGCUCGCAAAUUGGAUUGUAACUACGGAAACCCCGGCCCUUUUAGGAGUCCAGUUUCAAUCGCAGAGAAGACUCCGUCGAUCGGCACAUUUGAUCCACCUCGAUCUCAGUUACCCACAUACCAGCCGGAGCCGCGAAAUCGCAUUACAGAUGAGCCGCAUCUCACGGCAGAAAGGCUGGAGAAUAUAGUCAUGGGACACCGAGUCCCAAGUGCUGUCCCGGCUACUCUUCGACUCCAAUUUUCAAGACCGCACAUUGAAUCCAGUUUACCGUCGGGCGCGGGCAUGGGUACUACGGGGGUGUUUACAUUCUUGAAUGACAGCUGCACCGCAUCCCAUCAGAAUCCCGCAACAGUCCCCCUUAUCUCAUUUUUGCCCUCCGAGGCUGAGGUUUUGGACCUGGUGGAUUAUUACUGCAAUUAUCUGGACUAUCAGUACCACCUUGUUAUUGCCCACCGCACCAGGCAGGACAUUCAUGCAUUAUACGACAGUAUUGCACAGAACAAGGCAAUAGACCUUAACGUCCUUGCACUUCUGUUCAGCAUAUCCGCCACGGCUAUGUUCUUCAAAGUCCUAUCCACGGAUUCCGCAGAGCGUGCUGAAAGUCGGAGUAGGGACGCCGCAUUUCUUGCGGGCGCGUCACUGAUUCAAAGCAACUUUAUGUCAUAUCCGACCGUCGCCGGUCUACAAGCGUCGCUCAUUAUUGGGCACCAUCUAUCUGGCCUCAGUUUGAUUCCAUCUGUCGCCUCGUUUUUUGUUAUCGGUACCAUGAUCGGCCAAGCAAAGAGUCUUGGGCUUCAUUUCUUGGACGCGCCAAGCUCCGAGGAUGAUCGUCGAGUAAAUGGUUACGAUAAGGCUGAUGUGGAACUUAAGCGGAGGCUGUGGUGGGACAUCGCUACCUAUGAUUGGCUUCUUAGCUUUCUCAGUGGACCACAGGAAUUCACUUAUUCCAUCAAUCCCAAGCAUAUGAACGUACGGUUACCGUUGAACAUCGAGGAUGCUGAUCUAGAAAGCGAAACUGCUAUGCCGCUUUCUGUCCCCACGUGCAUGUCAUAUACACUUGCCCGCCUCCGUUUGGCCGAGGUAUGUCGAGAAAUCGUUGAUGGAUCAGCAGAGGAACACUUCAAGGACGAGGAGGUGCCGUAUGAAAGGAUCCUUAGCCUGGAGCGUAUGCUCCAAGAGGCAUAUGCGGGCCUCCCUGCUUUCUUCCGAUACGACCAGGCAUCAAAGCGAGAAUAUGCCGAUCUCUAUAAAGAGCGACCGACCCUGUCAUGGCAAAGAACUUUUAUUCAGCAGGGGUACCAUGCACGAUUUUGUCGAUUACAUCGCCGGUAUUUUGUCCGCGGAGCCAAAGAUCCACGGUACUCUUACUCCCAUGUGGUCUCGCUUCAAUCAGCGCGGAAGGUACUCGAGUUGAAGCGCAUCAUGGAUGAAGAACUACCCACUUUUGCACCCAAUGGCUCCUUUUUCUGGGCUGUGAUGCAUCAUGUGUUUAUGGCAGCUGUCACGCUACUUAUCAAUGUUUGCUUUAACUGGGAUGAUAUUUUAGCAGAGAAACAAAAGCAGGAGGUCCUUGAUGCUUGUCGCAUGCUUAGUCGCGCCCAACAGGCUUCUUGUAUUGCACGAGAGGGCAUCAAUGCGAUGAUGGGCGUAUUGCACAAAUACUGGAAGCAGCAAAAAAGACCCGGGCCCGGACCACACUCAGAGCAACUACUGGCGACCCGACAAUUGGCUUUGGGGGAGGCAGAGAAUAGUGUGCUGGCUCAAUCCAGGACAUCUGAUCAAACACCUCCACCCCCUUAUGAAAUUACACUCGAUCCUACAUCCACGGAGAUUAACCCUGUUGCACUGGAAGAUAUUUGGAGCGAAAUGCUUGAUGACAGUGCUCAUUUGGGACUGGAUACAGGUAUCUGGAUGGACAUGCUGGAUGAGCUCACACAUACCAGCGUUCCGCGUUGA